CCACAGCAACUGUUACACUUUUUGUUCCAACGUCGACCCUCAUCGAUGUUCAGAUUACCUCCCCUACUUCUGGUAGGCCUCAUUGGCCUACUCGUGCCAGUCAAGUCCGCGACUGAGUGUGGCUACGAAGGAGGAUGGGCACUCCGAGUUGAUGAUACUACCUGCCCUAAGGACGCGCCUGUCAACUGUGGUACUGGCGAACAACUGCGUUGCUGUCCUAAUGGCUUAAAGUGUGCUGGAGAGGGCGACUACGGAGGUAACUACUGCUGCAAGGAAGGCGAAGAUUGCAGAUCAGAGUCCUCAUCGACUCCACAGUGCCCGGAUCAAUCAUGGACGUUAUUCGGAGGCAAUGGAACGUUAGAAAAAGGCGGAUGGUGCUGUGAGCCCGGAACCAACGGUUACUACCGAGGAAACAUGGACGCAGUAGGAUGCACGGCGGCGGGCGUUCGUACCUUACCCACUCGACUAUCUUUUGCUUCGACCAUUGCGACCAACGCCUGCGUCCCACCAACAUCAACAGCUUCCUCGACACCGGCCUCGACCAGCAGUACCCCAACGAGCACACCGUCGCAGUCGAACGAGCCGCCGUCACCGUCACCGUCAUCAUCUUCGGCCGGUAUGCCAGGCGCUCAGAUCGGUGGAAUCGUGGGAGGUGUUGUCGGCGGUUUAGCCCUCAUCGGGGCCAUUGUCGGAUUCAUUUUGUUCCGGAGAAAACGCCAGAGCCAGUCCCCGGCCGAAGUGGGAAAGGACCAUAGCGAGAUGCCCUCCGAAAAGAACGCCGACCGAUACGGAUAUUAUGCUCAACCCGACGCGCAGGCCGCCGCAUAUGAGCUUCCUCCUAACGACCGGCAAGUGCGACAUGAAUUGAGCAAUGGCGAUACACCUAAGCCUCCACCUCCGGCUGCACCCCAGGAGAUGCCGUGA